CGCUCGACGUCGUUUUAAGUCUCCCACUUUCCCUGCAAGUCUCGGCGAUGCCGAUGUUGCUCUUCUUCGCACGUCUGUGCUGACACAGUUGUAACUCCACUCGAAACGACGGAGAAAAUCUGAACUCGAGAGGGUUCGAUUUCGUACUCUCCAUCUUGGUUUCUGUUUUCUUAUUCUAAUUUUUUGGUUUUUGCAAGUUCUUAAUUCGAGACCAAACUAGGAGUAAGUUGAAGUGAUGUCUGGUUCGAUCUUGGACCGCUUGUGUUGUUGUUUUUGUCGGGUGAUCCAUGUUCGUGUUAUAGUGUCCUUCUAUCUGAAAUUAGCAAAUCUCUAAACUUCUGCUUGGUUGUCAUCAGCCCUUGGUCUAAUCAAGUUGUUUCUGUUCAAUCCCAUCUGCUUGACAGGUGUUGAGUCGAUCAUGGUGUCUCCUUGACCGUCAUCCUUUCUUUAACUCAUAUAUGUCAAGAGUUUAUCAAGAAACCAGCUCCUCCUUUUUUAGAUAGCCUCUAUGUUUAUGACUUCCUUCACAUGAAUAAACCUGGAAUAAAAUGGAUCAAGCGUAAGUGUUUUUAGUUUUGGAUGAGAUGGAUGUUGAAGGCGUCGCUAUAGAUCUUCUAUCAAGAAAUGGUGCCAAUGUUGAUGAGCCUUGUGAGGCGAGCACGAGUGGAAAUGCUACUAGCAGCACCUUAGAGAACUUCGCAACUGUUGGCGAGCCCAUAAACGGGAUGGAGUUCGAGUCCAAGGAGGCUGCUUACUAUUUCUACAGAGAAUACGCAAGAUCAGUGGGAUUUGGCAUCACGAUAAAAGCCAGCCGUCGCUCAAAGAGAUCAGGAAAGUUCAUCGAUGUCAAAAUAGCGUGUUCGAGAUUCGGAACCAAGCGCGAGUCCACCGCGGCUAUAGUAAACCCGCGGUCAUGUCCGAAGACGGGUUGCAAAGCUGGUCUGCAUAUGAAGAGGAAAGAAGACGAGAAAUGGGUUAUAGUUAGUUUCGUAAAAGAACAUAACCAUGAGAUCUCUCCUGAUGAUUAUUACGCCAGUGUGAGGGGAAAGAACAAGCCUCCCGUUGGUGCGUCAGCACAUCAAAAGAAAGGUCUUCAGUUAGCUCUAGAAGAAGACGACUUCAAGCUAAUGCUCGAGCGUUUCGCGGAGAUGCAAUCUAAGCAGCCUGGUUUCUUCUACGCGGUGGAUUUCGACUCUGAGAAACGUAUUAGAAACGUGUUCUGGCUCGACGUGAAGGCUAAGCAAGACUAUUACAGUUUCUCUGAUGCUGUUCACUUCGACACGUUUUACGUUAGGAGCGGGUACAGAGUCCCGUUCGCUCCUUUCGUCGGGGUUAACCAUCACCGUCGAUAUGCGCUGCUUGGAUGUGCGUUGAUAGGAGAAGAGAGCGAGUCAGCUUACUCGUGGCUGUUUCGGACGUGGCGUAAAGCAGUGGGAGGAGGUCAAGCUCCUGGAGUGAUGAUAACGGAUCAGGAUAAGGUUCUAAGCGACGUCGUUGCCGAAGUGUUUCCAACUGCUCGCCACUGUUUCUCUUUGUGGAGUGUGGUGAGUAAAGUUCCAGAGAUGGUGAAUCCUUUAGAUGAUGGUUUCACGGAGUGUUUUAGAGACUGCGUGGACGGAGCUUGGACAGAUGAGCAGUUCGAAAGGAGCUGGUCAGAGAUGGUUGGUAAGUUUGAGCUUAACGAGAACGAGUGGCUCCACUCGCUGUUUAGAGAUCGGAAGAAGUGGGUGCCACGUUAUUUCCACGGUCUUUCUUUCGCUGGAUUGUCUGGACCUGAGAGAUCUGGAAGCGUCGUCUCUCAUUUCGACAAGUAUAUGAACUCAGAAGCUACAUUUAAUGAAUUCUUUGAACUCUACACGAAGUUUCUGCAGUAUCGUUACGAUGUGGAAGCAAAAGAUGAUCUUGAUUCUCAGAGCAAAGAGCCUACGCUGAGAUCUUCUUUAGCUUUCGAGAAACAGCUUUCGUUGAUCUACACAGACGCUGCUUUUAAGAAGUUCCAAACCGAGGUGCUGGGAGUUGUCUCUUGUCAACUCCAGAAAGAAAGAGAAGAUGAGACUACAGCUAUAUUCCGCGUUGAGGAUUUUGAAAAACGCCGAAACUUUUUCGUUUCUGUGAAGAAAGAGGUGUUGGAUGUCUGCUGCUCUUGUUAUUUAUUCGAGUACCAGGGGUUCCUCUGCAAGCAUGCGAUGCUCGUACUUCAAAACUCCGACGUUUCCUGCGUUCCAUCUCAGUAUAUAUUGAAGCGCUGGUCAAAGAAGGGUAACAACAGAGAAGAAAAACACGAAGAAGGUGCCGCUGUAGAUAACCGUAUGUCACGUUUUGAUGAUCUUUGUAAGCGCUUUGUCAAGCUUGGAGAAGUUGCGUCUUUAUCAGAUGAAGCCUACAAGACUGCUUUGCAGUUUUUGGGAAAAAACUUGAAGAGAUGCGUUAGGCUGAAUAAUUCUUCCAAGUUUCCCUCAGAGCCAGGCUUAGAAAAUGAAGGUACGUUGGACUGUGCAUCGAAACUGUCCAGGAAAAAGAAAACUCAGAAGAAAAGAAAGGCAUAUAAUGGACCAGAGGAUGUAACAAACGGGUCAGAAGAACUCCGCCAAGAACCUGAACAAGUUAGCUCCAGAGCUCCCACCUUUGAGAACUGUUACAUUCCUCAAGCAGCAGAUAUGGAAGCAACGGAACUAGGCUCCCGUGCAGCACCUCUUGGGAUGUAUUAUUCGACUCAACAGACUAUUGGAUUCUCAUCGGUUUCUUCCGUCCAGGAUGGUUACUACUACGGACAUCCGGCAACCAUACAAGCAAUGGGAAACUUGCAUUCAGUUCAUGGACGGAUGAAUCAGUAUGAGACACAACCAAGCAUCCAAGGAGCUUUUCAGGGACAGAGCGCUAUCCGUGGCUGCUAUGACAUGGAAGAAACUCUGCAGGACAUGUUUCAUGGCUCUGGUCCGAGCCAUCCGGGUGAUCACCGUUUGUCCCACUAACGGAACAAGCUCAAGAGUUGCUUUUACAUAACUUAAAAACAAAUUCGUAUGCUUUUUGUACAGAUAAAGAGUACAUUCAUAUUCUAGAAAUGGCUUUGAGGUAACUGUUACUCUGAAUGUAGAACAUAUGGAUAGAAAAGUAUGAAAAAUUUACACGGAGACAUACUUUUCCAUGGUCCAUUAACAUUUACACAUAUUUUCCGCUUGCCAAGUACUUUUCUAAUUUAAACCUCACACUUUCUCUAAUCUAAAAUCCUCAUCUUGUCACAUAUAUCGGAUGGUGGUGGCGCAUACUAGUGAUUACAGAAGUGGAUCUGGUGAGAUGGUUGAGGAUCAGCAAGUGGAGGAUCUUAUGUUGGUGGUGCUUACCGAAACGGUGAAGGAAGAGGAGCCGCAUGUGGAGGUGGAGCUCAUAGAGGUGAUCCUGCGUUAAUCUCACCGACGAUUGGUCUCAACACCCAACGAAUUCCGGCAACUUCGUACGCAGUCGAUGACCCCGAUUUCAAAAUUCUCCGACGAAUCAUCGCGUUGCUUUGACCAAAAUAAUAAAAUAUUUCACCUUUCUUCACUUUUUGUAAUUAUAUCUCUUAUUUGAUGUUGCAAACUAAAUCUCACUUUUUAUGUCCACAUUUCUCCACUCAAAAUAACCGGUCGUAAUUUUUUU